AAAGAAGAAGAUGAACUAUAUGACCGUCACUAUAAAAGAAGAGGAAUUGUUUGAGAGGUUAUCAAUUCAUACAUUACAAUUUCGUAAUGCAUCUUCAUCGCGAUGGCAUCCUCCCAAUUGAAAAUUGUGCCCUCGAUAUAUUGCAGGAUCGUUUCGAAAUUCCCGCAAAACAUAACGUUUUGUUUCGCUUACGGGUCGGCUGUAAAAAAGCAACUCCAAAAUAACCAAAAGGAAAACAUGAUCGACUUGAUAUUCGCGGUAAAAGACCCGGUCGCUUGGCACGAAGCGAACUUGCACCUAAACUCGUCGCACUACAGCGGCUUGAAAUAUUUCGGGCACAAUUUCAUUACGAGAUAUCAAAAAAAUAUCGGCGCUAAAGUUUACUUCAACACGCUCGUCAGAAUAGACGAUUACUUAGUAAAAUACGGAGUCGUCGCGACUGAGGACUUGGUCACCGACUUACUCGAGUGGUCCGACAUAUAUUUAGCUGGUCGACUGCACAAGCCCGUCGAAUUUGUCAAAAAACCACUGGAUACCGAACUCGAAACAGGCCUGCAACUAAACUUGAGGUCCGCCAUGCACGCGGCUCUAUUACUGCUGCCAGAAUAUUUUACGGAAUACGAAUUUUACCACACCGUGUCGAAUUUAAGUUACUCGGGCGAUUUUCGCAUGACUUUCGGUGAAAAUAAGAAAAAGGUGGAGAACAUUGUCAAGCAACAGAUGUUAGGCUUUAGGGACUUGUACAAACCUUUGAUUCUGAACCUUCCGGACUAUGUGGAAUUUCCUAUGCUCAAGAACGAUAGUGACGUACUGCGAAACGUAGUAGGAUACGUUCACGGCGAUGACACUGUUUACUGUUCACAAGACAAGAGUCCCAUCGCCAAGCUGCAUCACUUAAAUCAGUUACCGAGGUGGCCCCAGAAGGCGCUGACGAGAAUAUGGAACAAAGGUAACUUUAGACAGGACACCGAGGACGUUUUGAGAGCGCUCGCAUAUGAUCCCGAGUGCAGUGAAAUAGUUAACCAUUGUAUAAAAACGAUAGUGUGGAACUCCUCAGUCAGUCAAAGUGUCAAGGGCAUUUUAACUGCCGGUUUGUUGAAAAGCUUAAGGUAUAGCACACGUAAAGUGAAGAAAAUGAUUUACGCGGACAAAUGAACAAUGAGAACAAUAAAACCUUUAUUUAAAUGAAAUGUUGAGGAUCAUCCUGUUAACGCCCUGCACCGAUUGCCAAGAAAGUGACGUCUUAAACACGUUUUUGGUUCUCACAUAAU